AUGGCUGGUUUAGGUUUGUGGAUAGCACUUGCUGCUUCAGUUUGCUGUGUACUAGCAGUUGACUUCAGGAUACCGAUUCAUCGGAAUCAUCGUCGAGGGACACGCAAUUUUGCCACAAAGCCUUCGUUAGAAGUCGGACAUCGAGUCCGGCGUCAUAAUCACAAAGUGAACAAAACGUUUGCUUUCGAACAAGGUAUUGGAUAUUACUAUCAGUAUGAUAUUAUGUUGGUUCCGGAUGUGGAGCGGAACGCAGUUCCAUUAGAUGCUAGUGGAACUGUCAGAUGGCCUAACGCUGUUGUGCCGUACACGAUCAUCGGUGAUUUUAGCGCUGCUGAGCUUGCAAAUAUUCAAUUUACGAUCCAACAUUACGCCUCCUUGACCUGUAUUAGAUUCGUACCCCGUACUACUGAAACCAAUUACAUCAAAAUCAACAAUAGCGCUACCGGAUGUUGGUCCUACGUAGGAAGACAUUUGGACAACACUUAUAAUUUAGUGAAUCUACAAAAUUCAGGAUGCACGAGCACCGGUACGAUUGCUCACGAGUUCAUGCAUGCUCUUGGAUUUUAUCAUGAGUUUAUGCGACCCGACCGCGAUGACUACAUUUCGAUUGACACCGGGGCACUUUUACCGCAAUAUCAGACAACUGAUUUCUACAAUGCAAAUUUUGCAAAGUAUUCUGCCGACCAGGUCGAACUGUACGGAAUUCCUUACUACUACGGAAGUGUGAUGCACUAUUCCAAGUGGGGAGGAGCGGCAAGCUAUUCUAGACCAGUCAUGAACAAUUUGAAACCCUGGACCGGCGACUUCGGUAAUAAUACUGGACUGUCCGCACCUGAUGUGCUGGCACUUAAUUAUAUGUACUGCAAUUCGUCGACUGUAACUACGACUACUUCAGCUCCGACAACAACGACAACUGUGGCACCGACUACAACCACAACGACAGCCCCCACAACCACAACUACAGUAGCGCCGACGACUACCACGGUUAAACCAACUACUACUACUGCUGCUCCAACAACAACAACUGCUGCUCCAACAACAACUGCUGCUCCGACAACAACGACAACUAAGGCACCAACUACCACCACUACUCUUGCGCCAACAACAACUACCACUACUGCAGCGCCAACGACAACCACGACAACAAAUGUACCAACUACCACUACUUCUGUUGCACCAACAACAACUACGACAACUGCAGCGACAACGACAACUGUGGCGCCCCCUAAGCAAAGACGAGCAGUGUGUCUUCUUUACUUAUUCCGAAGGUGUGUCUUCUACUUCUACUACUAUAAUUGAAUAUUUCGGGCUAAAAGUUAAAAUGCUAUUAGGAAACAUGAUUGAGCUUCCAUA